AUGCGAGAGGCACGGGAGCUGGGUUACCCGAUGCGCCUGCUCUGGAUGUUGCUUCAGCUCUACCAGCAGCCACGGCGCAUCAAGGCGUGCGGCAGCCUCUCGUGCUCCUUCGUCGCCAUUCAGGGUGUGCCGGCGGGGUGCGCACAUGCCACCUACCUCAUCUACCUGCUGACGUACCGUGUCCUCCAGCAGGCCAGCAGGACGGUCUCCCCCGGCAUCGGUGAUGUCAAGCUGCUGCUGCGCACUGCGAUGGUGCGUGGCCCUCGAGUGCUGAGGAAGGUUGAGAAGAAGCGCAUGGAGGCCGUGCGGGAGCGCAAGCACCGCCUCCUCAUGCUGCGUCGCGCGACAGGGCGCAAGGCCUCCACCCUGUGGCGGACUGGGCUCAUGCCGUCCGCAGGGCACUGCGCUGGAGCGUCGGGGUUGGCGGACGCGCCCCUACGUGAGAUGCGCAACUUGGCCUCGGUGCUAGACGGGCGCAGUGGCAAGCGCCACGUGGGCGUCGCGGCAUACCUCCUUACUCGCUGUUCGGAGGAGUACGAUCCCAUCUAUCAUGCCACGCUGGACCUGGUCUUGAACUACGCCGCCUGGAUUAGGGAUGGGCGUGCGUCACAUAGCCGUCUUCAAAGGGCUUUGACAGCGCUCCAUGAGUGGCUUGUCCCCAUCAGUUGGGCCAAUGCCAAAGGUCCCCUGGCCGCGACGGAGUUGGCGAUCAGGCGGCUAGCCUGGGGCAUGAAAGCGCCGCACGUCUUUCGGGGCGACCUGGGCAACCAGUAUGACCUGUGCCGCGUGUGCCCUGCUGACCUACGUCCGUUUUCGGUGCAAGGCGUGCAGCGCUGGCAGCACGACCGCCUCGCCAGCCACAUGCACUCCCACGCUAGUGCGCCCAUCUGGCACCGCGGGCCCAGGUGCGCAGUCAAGGGUGUCCGCGCCGCACGGCAGCUGGGAGCGUCACAGGCGCUUUGGCCUGACAACCUACCCAUGCCGAUCCGCAAGGGCAUGAAGCUCGGCAUGCCCAUGCGCCCUUGUCAGGGGAGCUGCGACCCAUGGAGCAGGGGCCGACGGACCACGUCCAAGGCCUGCGACAAGCGCAGAACCUUGAAAUGCAGCAAGGCUACGGCGACCUACGCCGGCAAGCUCGCGACAACCUUGAGUCGGGCCGACCCGACCCUGCCGACCCUGCCGACCCUGACGACCCGACCCAGCACCAUGGAGGCCGAGGACGAUUUCUUUCCAGGCACUUGGCAAGGGGCCGAUGAGGAGGUCGACUUUGCGCCACCCAAUGGGCGCGACGGCCAUCGGGAGAAGGCGCGGCUGGACGCGCAGAUUGUCCCCUGUGCGCCACUGGUUGCUGCGGAGCAGAGUGGCCCGUUGUCCCCCGCGGCGGCGGCUCCAGCCUCGGCGCCCGAUGCGCCACGCGGGCGCGGCUGCCCGAGACAGCGACACCAGCGCUGA